CCAAUCUUUCAAAUGAGAUUGCGCAUUUAGUUGAUUCAAAUAACCACUUAAUAACGCUUGCGUUCUUUUGAUUGCACGCUAAACGCUCGAAACGGCUCGCUGAACGGCAAACAGUUCUUGACGCACCAGGCCCAAUCAGUCGCCCCAUAAAGUCCUGCAAACAGGAUAUGUAAACACCAUGACAAGUACUUCGCCCAUCUUGGCUGGGAACAUGGACUCGUUUUGGGCGUUUUGGGCGCGCAGGCGCCCACAAAGCAGGAACACCAACAGCUGUAACCUCACUCUAGCAAUAGUUGUCACGAUCCUAUUGGCAGCAGGCAGCAUACCGCUGCUCGUCACGCUGGGCUCAUCGGGGCACUGGACACACAGCAACACUUCGCGGCCACUCCGUGAGCACGCCAAGGAGCUGUGGUGGCACCUGGUGGGCCCCCUCUACGACUGGCGCUGGAGCCGUGUCGAGGCCGCCAAGCAGGCGCUGCCCAAAUACGUGCUGCCGCCGGGGCUGAACGGCACACUGCCUGUGCACGUGAUUGUCAUCCCGCGCCUCACGCAGCGCCUGGCGGACGCGCGGCAGCGGCUGGCGGAGGUGGGUGUGGCCUACGAGCUGCUCAACGGCACGGACGGCCGGCAGCCCAUCCCGGCGCCCCUGCUGGACAUGUACCUGGGGCCCCGGCUGAGGGACCUGGUGCUGAGGCAGCACGACCAGCACUGGGUCAUGAUGACGGCAAACCUGCUGUCCAACGUGCAAGCCUUCCACCGGGUGGUGGCGCGUGAGCAGCAGGCAGCCGUCAUCCUUGAGGAUGAUGCCUGCCCGCGCCCCAACAACGCAAGUUGGAUGGCGGAGGUGAUCAAGGCGCUGCAACAGCUUCCGGAGGAUUGGGACAUUUUAUAUCUAUGGGCGCAAGGCGGCCAGCGCGGGCGCUUUGUGGGGCCGAACGUGCGCGUGGUUCGGAAGGCCGCCGGCACGGUGUGUUACGUGCUGAGCCUUAAAGGCGCACUGCAAGCCAUUCGGCUGGCGGAGCACGCCAACGAGGGCAUUGACAAGGUGCUCUUCUACCACGAGUGGCGCCACCACCUGCAGGCCUACGUCACCGAGCCGCCCUUGUGCUCACACGGGCCGAGCGGGGACGGCGCGGGUUCCACCCUCGAGUAUGACCGCGGAGGCUCAGUAGCUGCGGUCGUGGGGCGGCUGCUGCGGCGGGCACGCAGCUUAGUGGCGCCUUUGUUAGGACAGGAGUCGUUGGAAGGCAACAGGCAUGGUCACGGGGGUUUAUGGAAGAGGGGUUCAAGAAAGUCAGACCCCGGCUUGGAUGCACUGCGUGGGUCAGAGGCGCGCGGUGCCUAGCUAAAGGUGGCGAGGCGCGACGAGCGUGUAAGCCAGUUGUGAUGCAUGACUUCAGAGGCGGGGCGCAGGAGGUCUGGACGAUAAGGGCCAGGAGCAGAAUGUUGCAGCAGUCUCAGAAGCUUGAGAAGCGAGGGGCGUGAAGCGCGCGAAUGGGGACCACCCGUGGGCCCACCGUGGCGUGUGGGUUUGCCUUCUUCGACGCUCCAUGUCUCCGACGCUCCAUGCCUGCGGGUUUCUUGCCGAUAGCUGUAAACAUCUUCAAGA